UAUAAGCUGGUAACGUUCAGGUCACAAUACCACAAGCAGCUUGUUGGAGAGAAAUUUCAAAAUUAAAGCUCCUGCUACCAUACAGCUAUGAUUUCGAUUGUAGGCCUCUCAGGAUUUUGGAUACUCGCACUGCUGACCCUCCAUGGCGCAGAUGUGGGAGAGACCAAGAAAAGCUCUCUGAAUGAGCUUGACGUGCCUUUCCCGCCUGCAUGUCCCACAGUGAAGAACCUUGCUGCCGUCUGCCUCCUGGGUCAGGGUCGUCCCAGAUACCUGUCCAGCUUCUUUCCAAACUCCGGGGUCAGUCACUUCCGUCGCCGUGGAAACUCCAUCAACCGUAUGGAGUCGUGGUUCAGUCUGUGCUGCAGAGGACAGGAGGACCAGAUCCUCUGCUGCACACAACAAGCUUGGAAACAAGCCCUGUCCCAGUUCUGUACUGAAGAGUCUUCCACCAUGACUGUGGCAUAUGUGUGCUGUGCGGACACAGGAGAGGCUCGCUGGACUUGCUUCAACAGCGAGCUGCCAAACCCAAACUAUGAUACAACCCCAGGCUACACUGCACCCCCGUUCCCUGAGGAGGCAGGAUUCACCUUUGAUGCAAAUGCUUGCUAAGGGAUAAUCAACAUAACAUAUACAGUAUUAAAGAAAACAAAAAACGCCUAUUGUAUAACUUUUAGGGGGUAAGAAGAAAAAAAAUGUGUACAAGAUAAUAAUAAUAAUAAUAAGAGGUAUAAUGCGAUGUAUCCUGCCGUUCUUAUCAGAGAGGAGGACAGUAGUAAGGGUGAUAACAGCUGAAGUAUUAUUGUAUCUCUGUAUUUACCCAUGCUUUGUCACAACAACAAGAAAAUGUUUUUUUUAAUUGCACAUUUUCAGUCAACACUCAAAUAAGACAGUUUCUGACAUGUAAUGUUGUUUUAUUAGAGAAAUAAAGGAUGCAAUGAAGACAGAAAAGAUCUCAACUGCUUUUUUUUGUCACUUAACAAGCUACUGAUAGUGGAAUUGACAUACAUUGGAACAAAUGGUAACAGGAAAUAAAAAACAAGUUGAGUGUUGAAACAAGGUCAUGUCAUGUAACAGAAAAAUCCCACAUGUAAUUAAACCUUUUACAAAUAGCCCACCAGGGGUCACCGUUUCCUGUAAUGAAACACAUAGGGGUGUGGGACAUUCACAGAUCUGUGAUCACUAAAAAACAGUUUGGAAGUGCUGCUGGGCCUGAAUAGCUGGAGAAAAAUUCACAAAUAAACAUAAUAAAACAU